AUGUGCAAGAAAGCGACUUGCUCCACCUGCCAAAAAUUCACUUGGUGGGGCUGCGGCAACCACGUCCCUGGCGUCAUGGACUCUGUUCCGGAAUCUGAGAGGUGCACUUGCGAGCCGAAAGUCACAAAGGAGGGGAAGGAGUAUCCGCCCAUGGGA